GAGUCGCGGCGGCCAACAGCUGCGAGGCCCAAGAAGCACAUCCUGGGAAGGAAAAUGCGUUGUGCACCCCUGUGCCAGUUCCUGUGGCUCUGGCCCUAUCUGUCCUACGUUCAAGCGGUGCCCAUCGGAAAAGUUCAGGAUGACACCAAAACCCUCAUCAAGACAAUUGUCACCAGGAUCAAUGACAUUUCACACACGCAGUCGGUCUCCUCCAAACAGAGGGUCACCGGUUUGGACUUCAUUCCUGGGGUCCACCCUGUCCUGAGCUUGUCCAAGAUGGACCAGACAUUGGCGAUCUACCAACAGAUCCUCACCAGUCUGCCUUCCAGAAACAUGAUCCAAAUAUCUAACGACCUGGAGAACCUCCGGGACCUUCUCCACCUGCUGGCCUCCUCCAAGAGCUGCCCCUUGCCCUGGGCCAAUGGCCUGGACUCCUUGGCGAGUCUGGGAAGUGUCCUGGAAGCCUCACUCUACUCCACAGAGGUUGUGGCCCUGAGCAGGCUGCAGGGGUCUCUGCAGGACAUGCUGCAGCAGCUGGACCUCAGCCCCGGGUGCUGAGGCCUUCAAGGCUGCUCUUCCUCCAAGGACAACGUUGAGGAAGGAAACCUUGGCUUCCGGGUGUCUCCAGGAGAAGAGAGCCUUGUGUGGGCACCCCGUAUCCAGGACUCUGUCCGUUUCUCUCACUCCUCUAAACCACCCUUUGAAAGGCAUAAGACUCUAAGCCUCCAUGUUGCUUAAAACCAAAGAUACAUACACUGAUCCCAUUC